AUGACAGAGUUCGGUGAGCAUGCUGCUCUUUGCACGUGCGAAAAUGUACUGGCAUCACGAUCCGACAUCCGCUUCAACCACAUCCAGGUCAUCGGCACGCACAACUCGUACCAUCGCGAGAUAUCUCUAGCCGAGCGCAUAGUCGUUGAUAAUAAGGUGAACUCUUCUCAGCUAUCUUCUACGGUCCAAAACCUAUACUAUUCCCACGCCGAGCUGCACAACCAGCUAGAGUACCAAUCUGUCCGGUCCUUGGAACUCGAUCUGCAUUCAGAUGAAAAUGGUGGUCUUUACUAUCGUCCCUUGAUCCAGAAAUUCGCGAAUCUUACCAAAACGCCAUUCGAAGGCGAUUUCCUCAACAAAUCAGGGAUCAAAGUCUUCCACAUGACGGAUGUAGACCCGAACUCCGUUUGCCAGACCUUCAUCGAGUGUCUCCGGCAGCUCAAAACCUGGUCAGACAAUCACCCCCAUCAUGUCCCUAUUACCAUCGACCUAGAACUCAAAAACGACGCCAACCUCUGCUGGCUCGGAGGUCUUUGCCCGAAAGACGUUGAGAACUGGACCUUGCCACGCAUCCUCAACGUCGACGCCGAAAUUCUCUCCGUUUUCCCGCGCAAGCAGCUCAUCCGCCCGGACGACGUGCGCAAACCACACCUCACCCUCGAACAAUCCAUCCUACAGCAUGGUUGGCCCACUCUAGACUCUGUCCGCGGCCGUGUUCUCUUCUUCUUCGACAACGAACCUGACCCGUCCGAUCAGAAUUCUCCCCGCGUACUCUACACCAAGGAUGCACCCAGCCUAGAGAACCGCACCGUGUUCACGAAUGCGCUUGAAGGCUCCCCCGAUGCCGCGUUCAUGAAGCGUAACGAACCGCAGAAUGAGACCAACUUGAAGGAAAUCCAGCGUCUGGUGCGCAAAGGCUACCUUGUGCGUACGCGCGCUGAUGAACCGGUUACCACGGUGCUGAACCGCAGUGUCGAGAGGAGAGAUGCUGCGUUGGCGAGCGGCGCUCAGAUUGUGAGUACGGAUUACCCUGCUUAUGGUAUGAGUUCCAGGUGGGGGUGGGAUUAUGUUGCGAGUCUGCCAGGGAAGAGACCCGCCAGGUGUAUCCGGUCGAUUGCGCCUAAGUGGUGUAAGGAUGAGAAAUUGGAAUAG